UGGGCACAUGAAACUCGCGCGCAGCUCAGAGGUUGCGACCUCACAACGUGGUCUGCAAAGGAGAACCCCCCAACCACCAGCCAAUCCGCGCCGUCCCAUACCAAUGGCUGCAGCAUUCUGUUCUUCACUCUCGUUAACCUGAAUAAUUUACCCAACCCUUUUGCUCCACAGUCUCGGACGCGAUGGCCGCCUCUCCCCAUGAGACAAAAGUCCAAGACUUCGCAUCCGCUCCACCCGCGCCCGACCAGCCAGAGCGCUCUGCCUCAGAUUCCGCCGCCCCUCCACAUCUGACUAUCGAUACCCAGUUCAACGAACAGAGAAGUCGCGGCCGCUCUGCAACUGCGACCACGGCUACUGCAGCAUCGACAAACCGAGAAGAGAUCCUUUCCCCUGACCGCUUCUCAGUAGACUCGACCCUGCGUCGACGAAUAACGCGAUCGCAUACCGUCAAGCACUACCAAUCUCCAACACGCCCGUACCAGCACCAGGAACCCGGUGCGGAGCCCGGUGUCGACACCAAGAACGAGACCGAUGGCCACAACUACCACCACCUCUACGCGCGAUGCCAGAUUACCGUCGUAGACUUCUCCGACGAAAAGGUCGAGUGCCAUGAGCUGGACAACGAUACAUUGGAGGACUUUCUCAACUACCCGAAAGAAGACUGGGUGGCGUGUCGCUGGAUCAAUGUUAAUGGCUUGUCCUGGGACGUGAUUCGUUCCCUGGGAAACCACAAGAACCUGCACAGGCUGGCCAUUGAGGAUUUGAUGAGCACUCAAAGUAGGACAAAGGUGGAUUGGUACUCUGACCAGGCCUUCUUGCUCCUGACUCUGUCCAAACUCGUGCGGACGCCCAUGGACGAGGACUCCGAGAGCGACUCCGACUCAGAUUCCGACGACAGCGAGCGACGACGGCACAAGGCUCGCUCCCGCUCCCGCUCCCGGCACCCCCAGAAGAGGAAAGAAAAGAAGAAGUCGCUGUACAAGAAAGCGAAGAAUCUGCUCUUCCCCAAGAGCGAAGCCAAGAAGCAGGCACGCAAGGAUGAGAUGAUGAGCGCGCUGGACAGCCUAGAGAAACAGCUCGACGACACGCCCUUCGAGAAGGUCAAGAUAUCCUCUCCACCAGCCACCACCGCCGUACGCACUCUCCAACGCUACCGAGGCGGUUACAAUCUCGAUCGAAUCGUCUACCUUGAGCAGCACUCAGCCCUCACUGAGAAGCAUCUGACUGUCAGCGUCGAACAAGUCAGCAUCUUCCUCCUCGCCGACAACUCCGUGAUAUCCUUCUUCGAGCACUCCGCCGACGACGUAGAAGACAUGAUACUCAAGCGUCUCCGCACCGAAGACACCAUCCUACGCCGCAGCCAAGACAGCAGCAUGAUAGUGCAAGCCAUAAUCGACGCCAUUGUCGAUCUCGCCAUCCCCGUCGUAGCCGCCUACGAAGACGCCAUGGGCGAGCUCGAGCUCGACGUCCUCGAAGACCCCGAGCUGCACCACUCCCAACUCCUCUACCUACUCACCUCCGAACUCUCCAUCCUCCGCAACACCAUCCAACCCAUCGUCUCCUUGAUCAACUCUCUGCGUGAUCACAAGGCUGACCCCAUGGCUCAAGCCACCAUGAUGAGCCAGAGUACCGCUAACCUCGCUACCCGCAAGACCAUGACGCAAAUCAACAUCAGCCCUCUCGCACACACGUACCUUGGUGAUGUGGAGGACCACUGCAUCAUGAUUACGGCCUCGCUGGAUCAAAUGCGGCGUGCCGCCGACAACCUUAUCGACCUAAUCUUCAACAUGAUGGGUGCCUUCCAAAACGAAUCCAUGAAAAUCCUCACCGCCGUAACCAUAUUCUUCCUCCCACUUACUUUCCUCGUCGGAUAUUUCGGACAGAACUUCGAGCGCUUCAACGGCGUGCAACACCAUUCCGAUGCCUUCUUCUGGGUUAUUGCCGUCCCUGUUAUGGUUAUCACGCUGCUCGUGCUCAUGGCUGAUCGCAUAUUGCGCAAGAUUAGGCAUUGGAGUGGGAAGCUAAAGAGGAGGGAAGCGAAGAGACGGGCGGUUAGGAAAGGGAAGGUGGGGGGCAAUGGAAUUUUGGGUGAUGGGAUUGGGCUGAGUAAUGGGGUUAAGGGACAGCAAGGGUUGGGGCAUCAUAAGAGGAGGCAGACUAUGUAUAGUAAGGGGAAUAUUGGGUCGUUUUAGUUGCUGGAUAGGGUUUGUCGACGAGGAAGGCAACUUGUUGAGACGGUGGUAUAGAUUCCUUUUGGUGUUGGUAGGACAUUGUUGUGAGCGAGCCUUGUUGGGCUUGCCAGAGCGGCCUUUGCAUAGACACAUUUUACUGGCAAUUGGCGACUCUUCUUGAUAGACUGUAUAAAAGAUACCCCGUAUUGCGCUCGCACUUGGUUUCUUGUGGGUGGCUCUGUUCAUGUGCUUGCAGACCUAUGAUUACGUAUCAUCCGCUCUUCGCUAAUGCGGUCUGCGGGUCGCUGCUGCCACCAGAAGCGGCAACAAUUUGUUUCGCAUUAUCGAGAAAGAUAUAAGAUUAUGUCUAGCUAGAAGUACACAUUAUCUUAGAGACUAC